AUGAUGAAGCUCGAAGAAGCGGUGAAAGCGGCGGCUCAGUUGCAGAGGAACGAGUCGGUGACGUCAUCGAGUGCCGGCGACGUGGCAGACAUUCCCCGAACGAACGGGGGAUCGCAUCCGGUUGUGCGCAGAAAGUCCGGCAUGAUCGGAAAAAAGUUUCCGUCGCUACAAGUGAGUGUCCGAAUCCGGGCGGAUCCGAGAGAGAGAGUCUCUCUCUCUCUCUCUCUCGGCUAAUUGGACCUUUGGUCUUUGUUUCCCUCGGCCGAUCAGUCCGUCCCUUCCGGCUCUUUUCUUCUCAUCCCAAUUAAUAAAAUUAUUCGUCUCCGCAGGUCUCCCACUAUCCGGUGCUUCUGCUUUCCAACUCCACGUCUUCCGAUUCGAAUCCGCAUCCGAGCGUCACCUGGAGAACCAGGUACUUCUCAUCUCGAAAUUUUUGAUUUUUUCUGGGGGCGCAGUGGAGAGAGGAAGAAAGUUCGGCCUAUCGUUCCGUGAACUGUCGGCUGCUUAUUUUGCCGGCCGGCAGCACGCUUCCCAAGCCUUUUUCCGCGCGCCAAAACUUCUGAUGCGUGUUGUUCGAAGAUUACAUAUUCAUCUUAUUCAUUGUCAUAGUGAAUGCGUUCAUUAUGAUCAAAACUAAGAAAGAGCAACAAGAAAAUCGCAGAAAUGUCUAGGAGCCACUGCCAAAACAGUUUUUUUUUCAAAAUAUGGCUGCUCGUACGUGCUUUUUGUGUCUCUUUGUUAGUUUACAUGAGGGCCUAACUUUCUCAGGAAAAAAGGCGCCGGCGACAACGCCGUUUCAGCGCCUUUUGAAAGGCUCAUGUGCCGAAUCGGUGCCUUUUUCCUGAGUUCUUCCUCUCUCUACUGCGCCCUCGGAAAAAAUCACCGUAUCAAAUAUUCUCAAGAAAUUUAAAAAUUUUCAAAAAAUACCGUAGUUUUAUGGUGUACGGUCACAUUCGUUCAGCUCUGCGCACCCCGUUUUUCAAGGAAAUUUCGGCCGACUUUGGACAGCAAAAUCAGCGGGAUUUCCAAUUUUUUUAAACUUUGGACGCGGCAGAAUUAACACUGUUUUGGCCAAGCAGCUUGGAGACUCUCAUUAAAAUUCUCUGAAUGAAUCAACGACCUGCUCUAUUUUUGCUGUUUUUUUUUUAAUUUUGAAAAAAGAAAAAAGGGAACGAGUGUGUGGAAAUAUUAAUUUUUCAGCCAACAAACUGACACGGAACACGAGGAACCGUCGCAGCACAAGAUCAGGAAGUCGAGCAGCGGACUCAGACAGGUCCGUUUCCGAGUGGGAAUCUCAGAAGGCACUGAAAACCUUCCGGAUAAUUGUGGGAAAUAACUCGGAUAAUCUGAUCCCGCAGUCCUUUUGAACCGCCCGAGUUUCAGUCAUCAGUCUCCGCCAAAAACUCGUUGGAUUUCCGAGAUCGUCCCCGAUUCGUGCGCACUUCCACGACCACCUCGACCUUGUCGCCGACCUCCGAAAAGCCGCCGAUGCAGAUCGGUGAGUUCCAGAACAUUCCAGCGGCUCCUUUCCUUUAUUCCUCUUCUCGCCCGCUCUCGGCUGUUGAUCUAUCAUCUCUGGUACAUGUCAAUGAACGAAAAUGACGAGUGGAAGGGGGGAAAAGAAAAGAAGGAGAGAAUGAGCAUUUUGUUGUGAGGUGACAAUAUAUGAAUCCGUGGGCUGGGUUCGCAUGCCCUGCUGAUUGACAGGCAACACGUGAGAAGAAGGGCAGACACGACGGGAGCAGUCAGCCGGCACUCUUGAUUAGGCCGACGAAACGGGCAGCUCAGGGAUCAGAAUGAACCUCGUUUCGUACUCCAAAUCCCCAACUCACUCCACUAUAAUCUGCGUUCUUCUCCCUCCUCAAGUAUCUUUUCUCUUAUCAAUAUAAAUGGCCGCAACCUUCGCCUCCCGCCCUGAGAUAUUUUCGGCUUCUGCCCGUCCCGGUGAUAAAUGAGAGCAUCACUGAUCUCCGGACGCAUCCCUUUUCCCGCCGUUUCUUUUGUUUUUCGACUGUUGACAAGUUCACGCCGACUUGUGUUCACGUCGUUCUGAUAUUCCGGAGCAUCCUCAUCGACAUCAUCAUAAUGGACCAAAGAUUCGAAUGCUCUCCAAUGCAUACACGUGGAUCUUCUGCUUCCUUUUUCGAUUUUCCCCUCAUUUCCUCGAAUUUCAUCGUCUAGAAAAGGGCGUAAAAACGAAAGAAAAGAAAGAAGAGAAAGGGCGAUGUUUGCCUGACGAAUAAAUCCGAUUCUUGGCUCGUUGUCUCCAGAAAAGGAUACCCCUAAUAAACUCAAUUUUAUCUCUUGAUCCGAGAGCGACGACUCGUUUUUUCUUUCUUUUCUCUUUUUUCUCGGCUUUAUCCAUUUAGUGAGGACAGACACAUUACUCUUCUUAACGUGGCACAAAGAACGAAAGCAACAGUAAUCCCCGUUCAUUUCGGGGAUCCGUUCCCGUUUUCUCGGUUUCAUCCCAUCGUAAAUAGAGUGUCACAAAAACGUGUCAUUCUCCAAACGAGAGCAUGCCUCAAUUUGUGCAAAUUCUCAAUGAUCAGACGUUUUCUGGAAUGAUGUUUCUCGGAAAUCUCUUUGGUUUUUUUUAUAUUCGAAACUUUAUUAGCACUUCAGAAGCGAACGAAACAUUGUGCCACGUCUCUUUCCCGCUUUGCAACUUACUUCGAAACGUCCUUAUCGAGUACGUGAUUUCGCCUUAACCUCGUAUUCCCAUCAGACCUUUUUCUUCCUUUUUCGCCGCGUGAUCUUCAGUUUCCAACGGUGCCUCCAGGCUCUCCUCCUCCACAUCUUAAUCACAUCACAAUUCUUUGUCCUCAUUCUUUCCCACGCCUUCUUCCUCUUCCUCUCCUCUUUCAUUUCUGAAACAUUUCUCCGUAUUCAGUGUUUGAGUUUGCUCGAAAUCCUCCGCCAAAAUAUUGCAAUUAUUGGAAGUGCCACAGGCGCGGAAUCACCGCGCCAACAGCAUCGACUGUCUCGAUCUGCGGCAGUUGAGACCAGGUAGGCGCGUGCUUUUCGGAAGGGCCGUGCAAUAUAUAUCUGAGGUGCUGUUCUCGGGAUCGAGCGCAGCGGACCCAGGUUCAAAAAGUCUUGUUGAAGAAUAAGGAGCUAUGAAGAUUCCAUUUGACCUAAUUUCCAUGCUUCCAUUCCUUAACCGCUUCCCUUUCUCGGAACAAAUUGUGGGAAAACAAACCGGAGAAGCCAUAGCACGUGCCUCGUUUUUCUGAUGAGCGAUCGAGUUCAGAAAGUGUCCAAAUGUCCGCUCAGAUCCAUCCAGCUCACACGCAGUUCAGAUAACCAGAAUGGGUACUAAAAGUGUCGCGAAUCAGGCGGGGCUCAUAACAAGACACCCUAUAAUUAUUAUUGCCGGGCGGGCGGGCCCUUUCCUCCUUCGGCGAGCCUUCAAAAUGAUUCGAUUGCAGGCCAGUCAUGCUCUUCAUCCGGCCGACUACACGCCUCUCCGAAGAUCUCGUUCAGCUCCGUCGUUCAGCAGACAAUGAAGUGGAAUGCGUUGGGCGGUGAGUCUCUGAUAAAUGGCGGGAGGAUUGUGGGAAAGACCUGAAAGCUUUCCUUCCAAUUUGAGUGAAACAAGAGCACUUUUUGUGCUUUUGCUCACUUUGAGUUUAGCACCGAAGCACACAAAAAGGGUCGCUUUUGUCACUUUUAUAGCUCUCUCGUAAAUCGGUGUCUCCUUCCUUCCUUUCACUCACAAAUAUCGACAUCGUCAUCCGGGAAGUGAGUAUCAUCUUCUUCUCCUUCUUCCUUCCUUUUUUUUGUUUUGCCCACGGAUUCUGCGAAGCCUAGACGACCUCACACAGAUUCAUUCAUUUUUCUAAAUUGGCCAAUUUCUCCAAACGAGAAGAAUAGUCGAAAAACACGGACGCCAAUUUUGGUUAUUUUGCUUUGCGAGCAUCGGAACCCCUUCUUUUUCUUCCAAUUUUCGAUAUGAAAAAGGCGCGGAAAGGAGCCUUUCUCAGCAUUGUUUUCGUUCUCCAUUGUCUUCUGUGAAUGGCAGAUUUUUCUGAAACUCGGAGAGCAAACUGACACUGAUUUUCGGUCGUUUCGGGUCAAUUAUGUGCUUUAUGCAGAACUUUGUGAGGCGUGAAUUCGAUACUAUAAUUGGGUCACGCUCAUGUCACGUUUGAUGAAAAUAGUCAAUUCGAAAAUCUCUGGGAGACUGCCACUGUAAUCCCUUUCUGCACUUUAGCGCAUUUGCACUCGGAACUUUUAGUCCGAAAAAACCAAAAAGUCACUUCUCCGCCCCCGAUCAGGACCAUCGUUUCACAGAAUUCGUGAACACCAAAAGGGCGUCAGUAUCCGUUCGGGUUUGCGUGACGUGAAUAAUUCGAUGGUGUUUGUGUCUCCGUUCGCCACUCUGUUUUCCAUUCCGGCUCAUCAUCAUCGUCGCGACGCCUGAAAUCUUUUGCGUCGACCGCGGCGGGCGGCUUCUGCUCAAAUUAAUUCGCCAACAAUUUCUCAUUAGAAUUCAUUGCGACGGCCGGAGGAAAGAAGAGGUGCUCGUCCGAUUGUUGUCAGGCCUCCUCUCUUCUUCUGUUUUCGUGCCGACGUUCGUCCGUUUUCCGUCGUAUUUCAUGCUCAAGAUCCGAUGAGUUCGAAACAAAAACUCGAUCAUUCGGAUGCGUUCGAUCAUUCCGAUUCGACGACGCCCAAGAUCCUUCUGUUGUCGCCCGAGCAGCUCAUGUUCGAUUAUACCAACGGAAUAUUUCUCAGCGGUAGGAACUAUCAUUGUCCAGAACCAUAUAGUGAAUCAGCGGCUGCCGUUCAGUUGCACCAAAAUGAAAUUAUCAGUGCGGAAAGGUCACUAACUAGUGAGCCAAAACCAAAUCAUUGUGCGCCUGUUUCCAUUCCCAUGUCCUUCCGUUUUUUGUUUUUCAUAUUUCAGAAAUUUGUUCUGGCUCAUAGAAUAUACUAAAAUAACUCUAGAAAAGGGCGUUGCGCAGUCUGAAAUACGCCAAUGUUCCCCAUUUUGCAGGCAUGGGAAGUGGCCGCUGCCUCAGUUCCGCGUCCCCGAUAUCAGCGGCCGAACGACAACAACUUUGGGGUGAGUUCUUGCAAUUCUUGAUGUCUUAGUGUUACUUUUUUGCUUUGUGUAUUCAGAAGAAAAAGGGAAACUAAAAAAUCUGGAAGGGGAUCUAGAAGAGAAGAGCUCUCCAAUUAGGAUGAUGCUCUCUGCGUCUUCCCCCAGGGGAAUUCGGAAGAUUUCAAUUGCGGAGUCACGAAGAAGACAUCAUCCGGAUCAUACGAAAACGGGGCGGGCGGAAAGGGGAAAAGGAAAGAUUCUCGCCCCGAAUAAUCCAAUUGAAGGCCAUUGGACCGGCGGCAAACGGAGAAGAACAAACCACCUCUCGGCUCUCUUCUUCCUUUAUUUUUUGAUUUCCCUCUUCUUUUUCUUCGUCUCCUUUUUCUCAAAGUUUGGAAUGAGGUCAUCUGGAAUUCCGUUCCGUCUGACUGCCCCUCAUGAAGGCAAAAACACGACGGUCCCGACUGAGAGUGGGAAAAAUAAACAUGGCGUUUUCCUUGGGCUCACAAACCUCUUCUUUUUUAAAAUUUGAAGCUUCUUUAUUUCAAAAACGGUUUCAAAACUUAUUCUGCCAAAAACAUGCUGGGUCCCUAAUCACUAGUUUUCUCUUUUCUCUCCGGAAUCCUUUCGGUCGAAAGUCACUUCUUUUUUCUUUGUGCUUCGCUUUCUAAUUCUGAAUUCUUUCUUUUGAAAACGUCUUCCGAGGGCGUCAAAAUGAACUCGUUACCUACGCAGUCUGUGGGGAAACAAGGAGAAGAGAGUGAAAGUCAAAAUGAGCAGCAUCGGCCUUUUUCUUCAGAAGCAGGUGCAUUUCUUUCUCCCAGAAUUCACAGCUGAAAUAGAGUGAUUCAAAUGAAUAAUGACUUGAAUUGGCCCUGAACGACGGGCGAUUCUCUUCUGAAUUCCUUUUGAUUCCUUCCAAAAAUACGCUGCAGCUACACGGCAAUUGUCAUUUCUGAUAGCCGACGUGAACGAACUAUUUCGGAUGAAAUCAGUGACGGGAGGAACAAUGAUUAAUCCGCGUGCUGUCCUAAUAUACCCAUCAUAAUCCCGUUUCUUGCCUUUCAGUCCAUUAUGAGCACAAAUCAAAUAUAUAUUCUGGCUUCUUUCUUCUUUUCCCGCAAACACGAACCAUGAUUCUAUUUAUACGCGCCCAGAUGCUCAUCUUUUCCGAACUCUCACCUCUCUUCCUUGUCGUCGAAAUUUACAAAACAGGCAAGAAGCGAGCAAAAAGUGAAGUGCGGUGCAUCUAUUUCGAGUGUCCGAAGGAGGAGCCAAAGCAUGAGCAUGCGCCGCUCGUGCUCCGAAUACAGGCACCCACAAUGCACCUGCCUCUUUAUUUUUCCUUCUUUUUGUUGUGCUGCUCACCUUCCAUGGAAAAUGAUAUCAAACCCUGACCCGAACUCUUUGCAGGAUCCUCGAUGCACCAUUCGUUUGACGAUCGUCCGUCGGCUUCCAGUGAAGAUCUGUUCGCUAGCUGCAACGACAUCGACAACGCGGUCAGUUCAAAGUUUCCUACACUUUCAGACGCUCUCGUCUGAACUGUACAUACACAUACUCUUCAUUUUCAAUUCCUACAACCUUUCUACGUUCCAAAUCCAAAUCCAAAUCCACUUGUCCUACUGCUGCUGCUGCUCAAGUUCCCAUUCAACUUCCAAUCUUUUUGCCAGCAGUCACGUGGUCUCGUGGUCUACGUGUUUUCCAUUUGUCAAAAGCCCCCAUGGCGCAUCGAUUGAUUGUUGCUCUCUUUGACGGAUGAACGUGCAGGUGGCGAGAAGAAUGACACGUUUCGGCAUGAAACGCGCGGCCCUUUCUUCUUCUUCAUUCCCAGAAUAUUCGAGUGCUCUCUGGCUCUCGGAACUCUUUCAGAAGGGAUCAUGAUGAAUGGGCGAGGAGAUGAUAUCCAUUCUAUCAAAAAGGUCUUGCACUUCUUACAGAUGCGUGUGUUUUCUCCGCUUUCCGCCAUUCAUAGCAUCAUCAUUCUCCCCUUGUCCUCUCUAUUUUCGCUGCGAUAGGGCAAUCAUCUCGCCCCGUUUGUGUCCGGUAAUUAUAACUUGUCCCUCAGUUUUUCAUUCUUCUUUUCUUCUGUUUUCCUCCGCCCUUCUUCUGUUUUACCAGCCUUCAUCACUCAAAAACGACAGUGUCCCCUGCUGGAAACGUCAUUUCCGUUCCGAUCUUGGCUCUUCGCAGGUCCAAUAGCCUUCGAUUUCUUUACCGAAUCAAUGAAUAACUGACAUUACAUUGUCCUCUUCUCGUCUCUCAACCGUCGUCUCCGAGUACAGAAAAAACAGAAAAAAGAACGGAAUGAUCGGAUGCGCUGCGCCUCCUCUCCUCUCUCUUCAUCUCUAUCGAUGAUAUCUGAAUGCAUAAUUUCUCGAAAUGUCACGCAAUCCGAAUCAGAACAUUCUGAAAGUGCGUCAAAUGGAGCCUUUGAAUUCGGAACGAGAAGACUCCGCCCCAUCCAAACUCAGAAGUGAGUGCCCCUUCAUUAGAAGACAUUCUCAUCCAAAUGCAAGCGAUUUUCUGCUAUUCCUGCUGAAGGGGUCUAAUCAGAACGUUUCCAGCAAAGUCUGCUUUGUUCAAAUGAAUUCAGUGAGUUCCAAACAACUCGGUUUUUGACCCGCCACCUCAUAAAUCAUUUUUUCUCUUGGGAUGUCUGCCGAACAAACCAGACUCCGAACAUAAACAAAAACACAUCCACAUGACUCCCGAUAUUUCUUUCGUUCGCUUAUUCUUCAAAGACAGUAAUGACAUUUAGGGAUUUGAAAAAGAAAUAUUACUCAUUGUGCCCACUUGAAAAGGUGUUUUCGGCCGCCAAUUGAUUCAAUCCUUUGUCCGCGAAACUUUGGGCUCACGGAGCUCCGACGGCUUUGUGCAACUUUCAAAGAGUAUUACGAGCAGUUCUCUCUGACAUCCGUUGAGUUUCGAUUCGUCUAAUUCUGUGUCGACUCCCUGCAAAAGUGUUUUCAAGCACCUACCGUAAUCCUCGCCACUUCAUUCUUUGCUCCCAUCAUAUUUUCUAUGAACAAUAAAAUGUCUCUAGUACAUCUCUAUCCUCUGCUCACUUUUUCCCCUCCAAAUUCGUUCAAGCAUUUCUAUCGUUUCUCCAGAGAUGUUUGACAUUUCCGAGCAAAAAAAGCCCGUUUAAAAUUUCAAGAACCAACUUCCUUUUCUCUGGUCAAUGACAUCUUUUUCUUCGUUUUCGGGGCGCCGACCCGUUUGGACGCCUCCAUUUGGUAUGCAUUGAACGAAUGCCCCCCUCCUCCGCAUACUCCCCUUUGUAUUUUGUGACGUGCUCGUUUCCGAGGGGUCCAUUUGAUCAAAAACGACUUUUUGGCACUUUGGCUGGCGGAGCGAAUGACCGAGAGCGUCGGGGAGAGCCAAUUUAUUAGUCGGGGUGAGCCGCAGGAAGGUUUAUGGCAUCCGGAGGGAAGUGCAUUUUCAAUUGAGCCAAGAGCAAAUGGGAGCCGGAGCCGCAAGAGCAGCUGCUCUACCGUACUCCUCGUGCUCUUCCGGCCGUUCUGCCCAAUCUCUUCCGCGCUCUCUCUCUCUCUCUCUCUCUCUCUCUCUCUCUCUCUCUCUCUCUCUCUCUCUCUCUCUUUCGGCUACAAUCGCCUUCUUUCCUUACAUUACUUUCUUCUUCCUUUAACCCAAUUUCAUACGCCCUCCUUUGAACCCUUCCCAGUUCUUUUCACAGCUAUUUCUCCCUCUCUCUCUCUCUUCUUGCUCAAACAUCUUGUGCUCCUUUAACUCUCUUAAGUCUGCAACUUCAUCCAUCUUUGUUUUCUUUUUUGUUCAGUUCAAAACAGAAGAAAGUGUCCGCAAAACAGAUUACCCCACGAACGAAUUCCAAUUUUCUGGCUGAAGAGUUCUGAAGAUUGUGCGAAAUGGGAAAUUGAAGAAAACGGCCGACGUGUCUGGUCAUUGAACGUCUCCGUUUGAAGCAACUUCAGAUCCUUUUUGUGAACAAAAAGUGGGCAGAGUCAAAGUUUUCGAUCGACUCGGAGAUUAACUGGAACAAACGACUCUUGGGGGGACCUCGCGCGGGUUCGUACGAUGCUCUAGACAUCCAGUUCCGUUUUCGGGUGUAAUAUGAGUAUCAGUCUCUCAUUUGUUUGCCUGACAAUUCCGUCUAAAACACAAAAAUUGAAAUGAAAACCUUUGAAAUGAGGAAGUUCCGAACUUGGCCACCAGCUCAUUUUCGUUCCUCUAAAGUCCACCGUUUGUCCCAUUCGCUGUCCGACUCGUGCCUUCUUCUUUUCCUGUCAAUUUCGUUUUCCGAAAUGACGUCGUUUUUUCCUUUUUCUGUUUACCGCCCGGGUCGUUCUUUUUGCCUCCAGGGACCUGUUUUGUUGCUGCACAAGGCUUUGGACUCUGCCCAUAUUACAUCUAAAAAUUAGAAUUCUUUCCGUCCAUUCUCUUGUACAUUUUCGCAAUGGCAUCACUUUCUGUUUCCCUCAUUUACACUUUAUUCGGGAAUAUUUCGGGCUCCUUCUCGCGCAUACAAGCCUUUUGACGUACCUGCCGUCCGAAAACGGGAAGAUUAACCUUUGAGCGCUCGAAAUUCGAAAGUGAACUAUCGGAUUUCAAUGAAAUCGCCCACCCACCAUCCUUUCCCUUCUGACUUUUCGCCACGAUGAUGUUGUUAUGACGGGACUCCGAUCUUUGUUUUUUCCUUCUUCCGUACUCAAUUCCGUUCCAUGAUUGGCAUCCCAAUGAGCAACACUCGCCGCCUUCAGCUAUUCAUAGUUUUUUCUCACUUUCUUCUCUCUGUUCCGCUCCUUUUUGACGGAUCUUUAAUUUGGUGGCCCACUCUCGCGGAGCCGUCAAUCAAAGGAGUACUAGUUGUGUGGCUCAGACUCACAUUUGGUUUUUGGACGAUUAUAAACUCUCCCGAGACGCACGCCGAUUACUGUGACUUUCAGCGCCAAGCUUAGAAAGCUUGAUCAAGUCACUCUGUUGCAGAGUUUGAGCAAAUUAUAAACGGAGAAUAAAAGCUGGUUAACGUGCAAAUCAACUGCUCAGUUUCUCAGAAAUGAUGUGGGUUUUCCGCUUUCUCUUCGUCACUUUUCGAGUCGAACCGGGCGGAUCUCUGCUAAAUCCACUUGAUCUGUCUGCAAAAGUAGCUCAUCUCACAUCAUUCUCUCGUUCGCUUCCCUUGUACACAAAAACGUUGUGUUUUAUGUCAAUUUCCGUUUGGAUUCUUUCUUUGUCGACCGCCCCAGACUACGAAAUGGCAUGCUCUUUCUGAGGAUUUAUUGGCGUUGUUACUACUAAGCAAAUUCAUUUUUCAUGGAUUUUAUACACUCCAACUUUUCUCCCGGCCAGGCUUUUCGAAGGCCUUCUGUGGCCUGUACUUUUGAAUCAUUUGUAAUUUUCCGAUCAGACCCAAACUUUGCAGGCUUCUCGUGCACAUACCUCCAGAAAAGUUCAGGCCUCAAAAAGACUUCAAAAAGCCUAAGCCGACCCUGUUCUUUUCAUACUUUAUUCCUUUUUUUCUCACACAUUCUACUCGUUCUCUUUUCAUCUCAAACUCUCUUCAGAAGAUAAGAAUGUCGGCGUCACCGAUGCUGCAGCACAUGUACAGUUUAGACGAGAGCAGUUUGAUGGGAGUCUCCCACAGUCCAGUUAUUCUCCCCCUUUUCCCAUUCCAUUCUCCUAAUGUCAUCGUUUCAGUACCGCCAGCAGCGGAAGCGAAGAGCCGGCAUCUCGGGCGGCUCGACCGGUGUGCAACGAGACGGUCCGUUCGCAUGUGCUGGGGGAAAUGGGUACAGUAGUGCAGGUGUGUUCCCAAAAAAAUAGAUUCGAUUACAAAACCCGUAGAGUCAAAUCCUGUAGAAAAAUGUCGAAACCCGUAGAAAUAAGUACGCAAACACAGAAACGCCAAAAUGCAGAAAACUCAGAAUAUUGGACUCCUCAUGGCAUUUUUUAAUCGUUCUGUCAAAUUUUCAUGUCUCAAAUGAAUGGUUACUAAAGGUGCGAAAAGGCAAUCAAAAAUGAGUCAAAACGGUGUGCGCGCACCUUGCAUUAGGCCCCGCCCGUUUCUACGGGAUUUGACUACGGGUUUUGUAAUCUACGUGUUUCGAAUUUUCUACGGGAUUGCCACACUCUCAAAUGAGUUGUUUCCAGGUUUCUCGAAUGGACGAGGAUUCCCUCCGCUGGGCGGACGCUCGCCGCAAUCGUCGUUCGAUUCGAAUCAGGACGUCGCACAGGUGAGCACAUUCCGGAAAACUCAGAACUUUCUGUUUUCGAAUCAAACGGAUCGAGCAAGUAUACCAAACCAACAAACAAGUUAUCUAAAUUUUCUAAAGAAGAUUCCGACACGAUUCGUGACUCACGGAACAGCUCUGCAUAUUCUACAGAAACUGAAAAUAAAAACAUGGUUGCCAGAAGUUCCGCUGACGACAACAGCAGUGCCUUUGCAUUCGUGUUGUUUCUGAUCGCCGCCACGUUUCUCCUCUUCAUUUUCCUAAUGAUUUUCCCAUGACAAUGCUCGACCGGGUCGUGUUUUCUGCCCGUUGGCCUUCGUCGUCGUCGUCGUCGAGAGCUUUCUUCCGCUGAAAUCAAAUUCCCCGACCACCGGUUGUCAAUGGAAGCCUUCCAGAUGAAAGACGCCGUUCCGAACAGUUCUGACCUUUCCCCUCGAAAACAGAAGAAAGCAUCGUUUCUCAUUUUGUUCACCGUCGUUUUUUCUUCUUCUUCCUCAUCUGACUCCCGGAUAAUCCAGGCUUCCCUCCCGAUAUUUAUCGUCGUUCUGAUUACCAGGAAUCGUCUCCUGCUCCAGUUAUUUCCACAUUUCCGGAACUGUCUCCUCAUUUCUUUCCUUCAUUUCCUCUCUGUUUCAACCGCAUUCCAAUAAUAUUUGUCCAAUAAACGGACCGGCGGUAACAAUUAGAAAUUCCAGCUGUUAUGGAAAGAAAACAGAGCGCCAAUACAACAAGCGUAUUGAAUUACUCGCAAAAAACAAGUUCACCUUGGCGGCGGCGCUCAUUCGGAGGGCUGUUUCCAGCCAAACUCUUCUGCAUAAUUAGUCUUCGGAAGCCUUCUUUUUCAUCAUUUCCCCGGCGAUUCCUCAUCUGCGUAUUCGUAUUCGCUUUAUUAGCUUAUUCCGGUUCCCUUUCUUUUCUUCGGCAUGGAACCGAAAGAGUUCGGACCUAAUGCAUUUCCCAGUUGAAUAGGGAUUAGAGUGACCCAAAGUCCCUUUGAAACCUUCGUAUCAAUACUCGGAACUCGCUCGGUUCCUCCCGUUUUCCCGCAAUUAUUAGUUACCAGCUCUCUGCUGUCUGACACCCGAAAAGGCAUUCAAUUACCCGUCGUUUGGUGUCGGUUCGUUUCCUUCUCCGUUUUUACUUUGCUCCGGCCCUUUUCUCCAUCUGAAAUUGACGGUUUCAGCCCAGAAAAUGAUGAUUCCGCAGAGAAGGAGUGGUUCACGUAUAAAUUUGCUCGAUCCGGCCAUCCGAGGGCAGAGACCUCGGAGGAAACGGGUUGAUUAUGAUCAAGUUGGUACCCAAGAUAAAGGAAAACUGCUUUAUGAAAUCAACAAUUGGAAGUGUUUCAGAUCUCGAUGAAUUGGAUGCGAAUGAACGGAUUGGGACCGUCGCUCCGACCGUUUCUCAACGGAAAUCACACUCCGAAAGUGAGUCUCUCUCUCUCUCUCCCAUCUAUCCUUUUUUCGUUUUUUUUUCAGAAGACGGUCAUCCACAACUCUCAGUCGUCCACGCAGAUCUCGAGGAUAGGCUCUCUGCGACGGAUGCAUGCGGCAGAAGCGAGCAUCGACGGAAAGUUAUCGUUGAGUGGAACCCAGGCUGACGUGGCAGCCGCGUGUACAACAGGUACGUCGAAAAGGGCACUGUCAUGAAGGGAAUCCACGAGAGACUGACGAAGAGCGGGCACAUCGGACAUGCUCCGAAUGCAAUCGUUGCUAUGCUCCCUGUGGUACCCCGCCUUCUUUUUGAAGCUUCUUUUGAGCUUUCACUUCACAGACGUCUACGAAAAGUGUAUUCUGAAUAUUGUAUGUAUGAAUCUUUCGUUUGUUAUUGCUUUCGUGUUGUUUUCGUCGCUCGUUUAUCUUGUGAUUCCUCAGAAUUUUCUAAUUCGCCGCCGCCUCGCAGACGCAAUCCAAAUCUGAUCCUGACAUCGCCGUUCGUUUCCAGGAUCACCUCCCUCUUGCUCUCUUCGUUUUCUCUUUUCCCCUCCUUCAAUAAUCCCUAGUUUUUCUGAUUACGAAGCCUCCUCCUUCCUUUCCUUCUUUGAGUCUUUCAAAAACGGAUAAGUGCAUUAGGAGAAGGCGUUGUGUGCUUCUGAAAUUGGACACCUGCGGGCGCAGAUUGAGAGCCUUUUCUGCCGUUUUCUCACUUUUAGAAGGCUCCUCUCUGCGAAGAAGACAAAAACGGGAGGGGAGGAAAUUAAGAAACCACAUGUUUUGUGUUAUUAUGUUUUCCCCGACCGAUUUAUGCUUUUCUUCCACUCCCUCCGCCUCAAAAAGACUAUCUAAUUGUCGCGAGUCUCUUUUUUGUCUGCAAAUCACUUUGCCACGUGGCAGUGCUCUCCGAGUUCUUACUGUGGGUAUACAAAUGCACAAACUUCCUGCAAGGUGUCCGAUUUCCACCCAACUUCUCAUUAUCACGAUCACGCUUACUCGACAAGUAGGGUACAAUUUCCAUCCUCUACGCCCGAUAUAUCCCUUCGUGUUUUGCGUUGUUUUGCACCGCUUUCCCACCGAUUCGUGAAAUUCGUGUUUUUGCGAAGGGGCCAAAUGGCAAGCGUUAGCUUUCUUUUCGGCUUUUUCUUCUUCUCCUCCUCCUUCUCCGUCGUCCGUCAAAUCGUCUAAAACUAAUAGAAGAUAAUCCGAAGUCGAUUAGCCGGACGACAUCUCCGGAAGCGCCGCAUGAUUCGAGACAUUUCCGAUCGAAACAAACUGAUUUCACCCGGCUAUUUCCAUUUUAGAAAGGACGCAGAUCGGUCUCUAAUCGCGACGUUUUUCUCGGUGUGCUCUCCUAAAAUAAAAUAGAAAACACGAAGAGCGAAGGCUAAUUGAGAAAGUUGAAAUGUGACAGCUCUCGGAGUACACCGCCCGUUUCUAUUCGAAUGUACUCUUUUACGCUCUACUCCGUUUGUUGUCGAUUUCCGAUUCCAUGAUCAUCUCUCCGCGAUGCAGCCUUUAAAUGGCUUAUUCCUUCAUCCGAUUGCCGUCUGGAUUUGUCUGACUCCCUAAAGACAUAAGUCAUAAGCAUUUGAAUGCAAAUCCUUCACGAAGCCCUUCUUCGUAAGUCUCUGUUUUCAUGUCUAUAGAUCAUGCGAUCAUCAUCAUAACUGAUAUGCUCCGAAACUUCUCGAAUUACUGCCGGCUCCCCCGGGAGACUCUCCAGAAUACAAAUCGUCUUCUCAGAUUUGUCAUCACCACUCGUCUUCGUUUCGAGUUAUUUACCUCUCCAAUAUCAUUCAUUCACGCGCAUGUCUUCCCCCUACAUCUGCCCAGUUUACCUGCCAUUUCAUCAUCGGAGACAGCCCGUUUCCAGCAGUAUUCUGUUUCAUUUCUCUGCAAAAAGGAAUGGAAAGGAGAAACAUUUAAAUCGGUGCAAAUUGGAUUGACUUUCCGUUUUUUCUCCCUCUGGAGCACUGCGAUGACGUGCGUCUACGUGAUUCCUCGGUUUUUCGCUUUCGACGUUUCCACGUGUAGUUCAGAAACUAUGCGGGAUUGCGUCUAUUCCAUCCUAACCUGAUCCCAUUGUCCCCCGAUGCUUCUAGAAGUGCUCCGUGGUCGGUGCUCUUCUCCCAACUUUGAACAUUAUCUCAUCAAUUAUUCGUGCUCGCUUCGUUUUCCUUUCCGUCCCAUCCGAUGUCUGCCUGCAAAUGACGGGGCGUGACCACUAAAAGUGCCAUUCCGAAACGAUGGAAUUCCACACUUCAAUUUGUGUCUUCUCCCAUUCCGAAACGCGACCAAUCUAAAGAUCAGCUCAAAUGUGUAGAGUAGAAGGAGAAGUGGAAACAGCGUCAUCGUAAUUCGAUCCACUUUUAUUAUAUUUCACGAUUGUCUGCAAGCUAUCAAAAGCAAGCAAUAACUGCAAAUCUCGGAGCUCCCGUUUCCUAUAUAGACUUGUUUUCAUUCAAUUAUCCGCCGCCCGUAAACGCAGCCAAGAAGCGAAAAGUUACCUGUUACGUCGUGGACGUAUUAUAAUUGCUAUUUGAUUUACGUUGCUCUACCCGCUAGUUUUAUAUUUAAUUGUCAAGUUGUCUCCUCGUUUCCGGACGUUCAAUAUUCCCGUCUUGUUUUGCCGGCCGACUUCAUUCGUUACUCUCUUUUUCUUCUUCUUACAUCCUUCUAAAUUUAGGAGAUCAUAGGCUCAAAAGGGAGAAAGAAUAAAUAAUAAUACGGAUGGGGACCGGCCAAUAUCAUCGGAGAAGAGCGAAAGCGGGCAAAAAACUAAUUAUAAGCUGUGGUGGCGGGGCGUAAUCGUGGCUCUCCUCCUCCAUAAACACAACGCUUUUUCGUUUUAAUCGGGUCGACUAACCUCCUUUCCAAUCGUCAUUUCGCCUUCUCCGAAAGAGAGUAUCCGCUCGACUUGUACACGUAUUAUCCCAUUAUCUGAAUACGCUCCAAUGAGCACCCUAAUCAGUUAUCACUUCAAUGAUUCCCCCGAAAACAGCUGUGAGAUUUUCUAUACAAACCUUUUUCUCCUUCUUCUUUUUAUUCUUCUUCAUCUUCUUCUUCUGCUUUUCUCUUACUCAAAUCCGACUUCAUUUCCGUUUCUCUUCAGAAUUCUGUUCGAAUUGUCCCCCAGUUUCUAUUCCAAAUCGCUGCAGCCGUCAAGCCCUUCCGCCACGUCGCCGGCCCUCCGUUCCACGCAUUCAUCUGCAAGUCUUAUCUCCCGUCCCAUUAAUGAGACGAUGCUCGGCUCAGCGGCUGCGGAUGCUCCUGACGACCCUCUCUCAAACGAGGCAACUUCCUCGCCCGCUCCGAAAUCCAUUCUAAGAGCUCCACGACUCACCACUGCUCCCAAACAACUAUCGUUCGAUGUUCCCGCGAGUCCGACGCCGACGGCCAAGAGCUCGUGCGUCUCUGCCUCGGGCAGCUAUCACAUGUUCGAGAGGCCUAAUCGGUUGAGAGCCGGAAAAUUCAGUUACGGAGGGCUGAGCAGUAACCAUCAUCACAAUCAAGGGCACAUCUCUGUGACCGCCAACGGAACGCCCGUCUUCGCAUACAAUGGCGGAGGCGGUUCCUGUGUUCCUUCCCCCAGUUCAAUGUCUCCAAUGGGAACGGUUCGGAGGGGAGACCCGUCGAAAUGGCGGCUCUCGGAGCUCAAGCAACGCUCGAAUUCCGAGUCAAUGUUCCGGAAUUUUGACCCAGAAAUGCUGGCAAACGGAGGAAGACGGAUGAGUAUGGCGUACUUGCCGUCGAGAGAGCAGGCGCUGCUCCGUCGUAUUCUCGGACCCCAAGGGCUUUCGUGGAUAUCUCAUGACAGUACGAAAACAGGAACUAACCCCCAUAGAACAUACUUAUGCUAAAGAAUGUUUUUUCAGGAGAAACCGCAUCUCGGAAAUCCGUGUCUAUUGCCUAUUCGAAUGAUUUGGAAGCGGGAGGGAAAGGCGGCGGAGCAGGAGACGACUCGACGAUUCCGUUGAUGGACGACAAGGACGAAAACAGGUGAGCAUGGGCGGAGCACUUCCCUCCCCUCAACUUCUUUGUUUUCAGCGGAGGCCGUCUGAUCCGUCGCGAAUGUCUGCAUGACAGGCGCCGGAUGGUUUGCGACAAGGCACUCACUUUCGCAAUUAUGGGAAUAAGUAGUGCAGCCCCUAAUUGCCCUCCUCACUCUCUAUUUUCAGUUCUCAUGAUCAUCGAGAACGAACUUCGAUCGGCAAACGUCAUCAGAGCCGGCUCCUCUCUCAGUCACUUUUUGAAAGUUUGCAUUAUCGGAACGACCACAGCUCUUCUCACAUUCGUCGGAUACUUUCAUGUCAUCGAGAUUCAAGUGAGUCAGAACUUUUCACAGAACUCACAAGGUGGACUUCUUCUUCUUUUCAGCUGUUUAUGAACGCGAAUGCGGCGGACGAUUGGCUCGUGGCGCUGACUCUUCGGAGGUGUGCUCAGAUCGGAGUGGAACUCCUCAUCUGCAUGCUCUGCCCUCUUCCGGUCGAAAUGAUGUCACCCUUUAUGAACGAGAGAGUGAACGGAAAAACGCUCUACGCCGUAAACGUGUUCCUGUCCAUCAUGAUGUUCUUCCGUCUCUACUGGUUGUGCCGAGUCAUGCUCCUCCAUUCUAGGUACAUUCACAAGACCAUUCCGAUCCUAAUCAUUCUUUUCAGAGUGUUCACAGAUGCAAGUAGUCGCAGUAUCGCCGGCCUCAAUCGAGUCAAUUUCAAUGCUCGAUUCAUUCUGAAAACUCUGAUGACAAUGUGUCCGGGAACGAUGCUCAUGAUUUUCACGGCCUCCCUUUGGAUCAUUGCCGGAUGGAUUCUGCGGUUGUGCGAACGGGAAUACAUCAACGAAGAGAACGUGAAGGAUAUCAACUACAUAAACUCGAUCUGGCUCGUAGCCAUCACCUUCCUUUCCGUCGGCUACGGAGACAUUGUCCCGAGAACCAACUGCGGCAGGAGCAUGGCUUUGGUGACGGGAAUCCUCGGAACGUGCGCCUCCUCGAUGGUCGUUGCGGUGAUUGCGAGAAAGUUAGAGUUGACGCGGGCGGAGAAGCACGUGCAUAACUUCAUGCAGGACAGCCAGCUUACCAAGCAGGUACGGUAGAUGCCAAGCAAAAAGUGGAGGAAAAGAGAUUUCAGUUGAAACACUCGGCUGCGAACGUCCUCCGGGAGACUUGGUUCAUCUACAAAUACAGAAAGUUGGUGGAGAAAGCCGACUUCGGAAAAGUUCGGCAGCAUCAGAGAAAGUUUUUACUUGCCAUUUACGAGUAAGAAAAGAAAAAAGAGGAAUCUGCUCAAACUAUAUCAUGAACUCGUUUAGAAUGCGUCGAGUACGAAGAGAUCAGAGAAAACUGGCAGAGAACUUGGUCUCCCUCGGUGACGUGGCGAAGGUAGGUCAAUCUUGAAAGCAUCUUCCACUGUUAGCUUUCUUUCAGACGUCGUCGAACACGUACGAACUGGUGCACGACGUGCAUUCGACUCAAGAAGGCCUCUCGCUCCGCAUCACGGCCAUCGAGCACCAGCUGAGCGACAUCUCGCGCGAGCUCUCUUCCCUUGCCGAACUGCUCAGAGGUAGCGUGAUCGGCACGUCGGUUCGUUCGUUCGCUUCUUUUCUGACUUUUUCACGCACUCCGCACACACAGACACACACAUGUUCGUUUCAUUCCGACAGAGAAAUAUUUCGAACGCACAUUUAGAAUAGACGACUGUGCUGAAGUUUUUAUUGAAUUGAUUAUUUGAUUGUUUUUGGUUGCCAGCUCGUUUAGAUUUCGAUUGGAGAGUCACUUACUAAUAGCGCUAUUGUCGUUCAUUUUGAAUUCUGCGUUUUUACUGUGAAAAGUGUGUUUCAUUUGCGCUGUUAGCCUAGGCCUCUCAAACACGAACUGUUACGAAUAUUUGCCUAAUUUUCAGGAUCAAAUGAGCAACGAAAGAAGAUUCUGA